UCCGGACUCGCGUAAACCAAGAAUCUUUAUUUCAGUCGCGCGGGUUGAGAGCCGGGGGAUUUCGUCUCUGUCGUGCGUGAAGCUACGGUUUAUCGCUCCCCAAUUUGUUUGGUUUCUCCGACAGAGGACUGCAAGUUGACUGUUGUAUGAAAUGUUAGCGUACAUCACGCCUAAGUUUCCGGGGGGAUUUAACCAGACAGAGGACGACUAAAUACGUAGAACACCAACUCUAUAACGGAUAGCCUACCGAGGAGAGGAGAGACGUCAGACAGAGGGGCUGGCCAUCAUUGGAAGGAGACAAGUCAGGACCCUCCACCCCCUCCACAGACACACACACCUCUGCUUGAAUGUAAGCUCUCACUGACCUCCCACUAUGAAGAUGGGGUUGCUAUGGAAACUGCUUGUGCUCCAGUCAUUCAUCGGAUGUCUGGCAGAGAGUACCACGCCGCUCCGGCCUGUAUUCGUGAAGCAGCCUGGCAGUAUUGUUUUCCCCAUGCACUCUACCGAAACCAGACGAGAAGUGACGUUCAGCUGUGAAGCCCAGGGAUACCCACCACCCUCUUACAGGUGGAGGCUAAAUGACUCUUUCAUCGCGCCCAGGCUGGGAUCUCGAUAUAGCUUCUCUGGAGGAAACCUGCAGAUCAGCCAUCUCAAUAAGGAGGAGGACGUGGGGAUUUACCAAUGCCUGGCAUCCAACUCCUUAGGGACCAUUCUGAGCAGAGAGGCCAGUCUGCAUAUUGCCUAUUUGGACAACUUCAAGACGCAGAAAAGGAGUCCGGUUCGAGUCCGAGAUGGCCAAGGAGUGGUUCUACUGUGCGGCCCUCCGGCCCACAUGGGAGACCUGACCUUUUCCUGGAUAUUUAACGCGUACCCGACAUUUGUGAAGCAGGACACCCGGCGCUUCGUGUCCCAGAAGACAGGUAACCUGUACAUCGCCAAAGUGGAGCCCUCGGACGUUGGCAACUACACCUGCGUGGUGACCAACACAGUGACCAAGAGCAGCGUGCAGGGCCCCCCCACACCACUGGUGCUGCGCAGCGAUGGUAUUAUGGGUGAAUAUGAGCCCAAGAUUGAAGUGCAGUUUCCUGAAGUCAUCUCUGUGGCAAAAGGACAAACCGUGAAGCUGGAGUGCUUUGCAUUGGGAAACCCCGCUCCCUCCAUCAGCUGGACGAGGGUGGAGGGAGUUCCCUUCCCCAGGAAGGUGGAUGUGAACAAGGCCAGUGGUGUGCUCGAGAUCCCCUACUUUCAGCCAGAAGACGCCGGCGUCUACGAGUGCGUCGCUGAGAACGCCCGUGGCAAAAAUGCAGUGAAGGGGAAACUCACGUACUAUGCGCCUCCUCAGCUGACGGAGAAGCCUCAGGACCUGCAGAGGCCGAUCGACGAGUCGGUAGUGUGGGAGUGCAAAGCCAGCGCCAAGCCCAAACCCUCCUAUAGGUGGCUAAAGAACGGGGAACCACUGGAACCCAUGGAGAACAAACUGCAGGUUGUCAACGGAGCCCUGACCAUCUCGUCCUUGACCCUGAUGGAUGCUGGGAUGUACCAGUGUGUGGCGGAGAACCGGCAUGGCAGGGUAUUCACCAAUGCCGAGCUCAGGGUUAUCGCCGUGGCGCCGGAUUUCUCGUCGAGCGCGGUGCGGAGCCAGACUCUGGCCAGGCAGGGGGGCGACGUGCUGAUCGAGUGCCGGCCCAGGAUGUCCCCCCGGGGGAUGAUCUCCUGGAGGAGGGGCAAAGAGGCCCUGCGGGAGAGCCACAGAGUCUCUGUACUGGAUAAUGGAAGUCUGCGGAUAUCAAAUGUCACCAAAUUGGACGCUGGGCUCUACACGUGUGUGGCCAGGAACCAAUAUGGCAUGGCAAGCAGCGCGGGGACUCUGGUGGUAAAAGAGGCCACGGUCAUCACGACCAAAGCAGCGCAGGUGGACGUGACGGUGGGUGAGAGUAUAGUACUGCCCUGUCAGGUCUCCCAUGACCCCUCACUGGACGUGAAGUUCACCUGGUUCUUCAACGAGCUCAUGAUCCAGUUUGGAAGCCAUGGCGGAUACUUUGAAAAAGUUGGCGGACAGUCUGCGGGGGACAUUAUGAUCCGUAACAUCCAACUGAGGCAUGCUGGAAAGUACACCUGUGCCAUCCAGACCAAAGUGGACAGGGGGGCAAUAGCCAUUGACGUGGUGGUUAGAGGAUCCCCCGGCCCACCAUCAGACCUGCAGGUAGACGAGGUCACAGAGACCACAUCGUCCAUCUCCUGGAGGGCUGGGCCUGACCACCACAGUCCCAUCCUCACCUACAUCAUCCAGGCCAGGACCUCCUUUUCUCUGGGCUGGCAGGCAGCUAACACAGUCCCGAAGCUGUUGGGAAUUGGUCAGCUGUCCGCCACGGUCACCGAGCUCAACCCAUGGGUGGAGUACGAGUUCCGGGUCCUGGCAACCAAUGCCAUCGGGACAGGAGAGCCCAGCAAGCCCUCGAAAAAAGUCCGGACCAAAGAAGCACUGCCAAAGGUGACCCCUACCAGAGUGAGUGGAGGUGGGGGAAGUCGAUCCGAGCUGGUCAUAACUUGGGAGCCUGUCCCGGAGGAGCUCCAGUGUGGCCCAGGCUUUGGCUACGUGGUGGCCUUCCGUCCUCACGGGGCACAGGGUUGGAUGCAGGCGGCGGUCACCUCCCCCGACGCCUCCAAGUACUCCUUCAGGGACGACAGCAUCCCACCCUUCACCCCAUACCAUGUCAAAGUGGGCGUUUACAACAACAAGGGGGAGGGACCAUUUGGCUCAGUGACGACCAUCUACUCUGCUGAGGAAGAGCCAACUGAAGCGCCCACUAGAGUCCGUGCCAGGAGUCUGUCCUCGUCUGAGGUGGAGGUGUCCUGGAAACCCCUGCCCUGGAACACCACCAAAAGACGCAUCAUGGGCUAUGAGCUGAGGUACUGGGAGCAGGAUGCGACGCAGGACAUGGCGAGUGUGGUGCGCACCGUGGGGGACCGGGCGCUCGCUGUCCUCCGCGAGCUGGACGGAAGCAGCACCUACCUCAUCAGCGUGCGGGCGUAUAACAGCGCCGGAGUAGGCCCACACAGCUCCGUGGUCAACAUCACCACCAAGAAGCCCCCCCCGAGCCAGCCACCGACUAAGGUCAUGUGGAACGCAUCAAACUCCAAGAUCAUCCUACAGUGGGAUCACGUCAAGGCCCUGGAGAACGAGUCUGAGGUGAUGGGCUACAAAGUGAUGUACAAGCAGAACCGGCAGGCCCGGCCCAGCGUGGUGGAGACCAACGGCACAUCCCUGGAGCUCUCGCUGCCCGUGGACGAGGACUAUGUGGUCCAGAUCAAACCAGUCAGUGAGGGAGGUGAGGGCCGAAGCAGCAGACAGAUCACCAUCCCCCGGGUAGCAGGGGCGCAUGUGGUUGGAGCGGCAUGGCGGACUCCCGUGUUGCCGGCGCUGGUGACGCUGGCUCUCGCCCACACAGCCAGGAUGUUGUUAUGACAAAAGCGGCUCCUUCUGGACUCGCCGAGCCGCACAAGAUGAGAGGCAAAACGAGACGCUGGAGAAGGAAGGCGAGGCACGGAGCGCUCGCUCAUGGGAACUGGCCGAGAGCAGCCGCCGUCCUCAUUAGUUUUUACAAAGAGCCUCAUGAAAGAAGCUGCAGUACCCCCACCCCCCUCUCUCACCCAGUCGCCACCAUCCCACCAUCCCUUCUUGCCCUGGAGAAAUGAUCAAAACUGGGUCUUGAGUCUGACCAUACCAAAGCUGCUUUAAAGACUGCUGAGUAGGAAUUGUGGCUUCUAUCUCUUCUUUUUUUUCAUUCACAUUGAAAUUCCUCACAGGAUUUUUCUGAACAAGGCAACUUGAAUGUACACAAGGAUAUACAGUACUGUGGAACCCAGCUUGGCCCUAUGAAGUCUAAUUACUUGACUCUGAUGGGUGGAUUUUACACUUGUUUUUAAAUAAACUCCAUUUAUUAAAGGAGAACUGCAGAUCAGCAGACCUACAGUAUCCUAAGGGAACGUUUUUCCAUAGUAUAACUGUGCGAAAAGGCCUUCAGUCAGUCCCAUGCUUGAGGUGGCUGAUCACUGCAACACAAAUGACGAGAGAAAGGAUGCAGAACUUGGGUGACACUGAAUCAUCACACACACACACACCCCUCUCUCUCUUUUUCUCCCCCUUUCUCCCUCUCUCAUGUCUGUCUCUUUCUUUCUCUUUAUCACUCUCUCUAUGUCUGUCUCUUUCUUUCUCUUUAUCACUCUCCAUCGUGUAGAGUCUCUUACGUGACCUUUGACCUGUUCUUUUGUUGGCUGAUUGUCCAGGUCGCAGAAGUGAACAAGUAUGCGGCCCUGUAACUGGAUGACCUUGCCCAUUCAUUUUCUCUGGAGUUGUUGCAGUACACACAUUAGGGCUGGUGUUUCUCUCCUGUUUGCCCUUCUCCCCAGUUCACAGCUGUGCUCCUAGGCUCUUUGGCUUCAGGCCUGUCCCUGUCCAUAACACCCCACCCUACUCAACCUGGCCCCUGGCUGUAAGUGGAAAGAGCUAAAGACAGUGCUAAAGACAUUAGUCCUGUGCCCCUCUCCCCCCAAUCCCUCAGCCAUGCUGUGCCACCAGCUUCCCUCGUCAGUCCCGCAGGUCGUCACGCUACGCUGCGCUAGAGCUAGCGCGUGCCUCCUCAGUUCACACACUGUACAUUUGAUGAAAUCCUCAGGACCCCAAAAAGAGCCUUAAAUGUAUCGCUAUCGUUAUCAUUUUGAUGACUGGUAUUAUUGUUGUUACUAUUUGCUAUUUGGAAGGCGUUCUUGGUAUUAUUAUCAUUCAGAUGAUUUGACUGUAACACAACUGGGUUCUUUUGUGUUUGCUUUCCACACCAUGUUUUCAGACUUCAGCCGGUCAGCAAACAAGUAAAUUGUGCAAGUUGGUUUUGCGAAUGAGUUCUGCGUUUGGCAGUGACAGUGACAGUGGUUUGUUUGUUCGUUUGUUUUUUUUAUUCGAUAUGGCUUAUAUGUUUUUUUAAGUCCUUCGCUUUUGAGCAUGAGCUGGCUGUGAAACAUGACUUGGGAAAAAAAGAGAAUUUGAAUGA